AUGCAAAGUCUCAGGCUCAUGGAUAUCUGCGCUGAGUACGGAAGGGCGAGUUAUCGAAAAGGCAUCUCUCUACGUCUGCCUGGCGCUAGUGCACCAACUCCUGUGUGCCACCACGAUAUACCACUCGGUUUUCAGGCAGAGCUUCGCGUCGUCGCACAGCGGAUCGUUGAGGCGAUGACUAACCAGAUUGCCAUCAAAUGGAACUCUCGAAGUUACGGCGCCACCAUCGGCAGACAGAACGGCGACCAGCCAGACUUCGAGGCUCUGUUACAAGAGCAGUACCCUCCGCUAUCAGAGCAGCAACCAACGAACACGCCCUUCAGUGUCAUUGAUGACGUGGAGGAUCUUGUAUUUCUCUAUCUGCCGGAUUUGCUACUACCCGAACGCCAGACCGCCAUUGCCAAUUCAGUGCUCUUAUCCUCCGACGCCAUAGCGGCACAUCCGCCCAAGCCAGAUAACGCCGGGAAGACUUUGCGCUGGCGGAAUUCCCGGUACCUCUUCGCUCGGAACGACGACCUAGUCUUUGGCCGCGGCAUGAUCACCGUAUCACCAGGCUGGCUAGCGCAGGGACAGGAUGGAUAUAACGACAAAUUGUAUGUAUCUCGCGACCUCGCAGCUCCUCCUGGGCGAGCCGACAAUGCAGCGCAGAUCAGCGCGCAAGCAUGGGUGGGGGCCAAUUUUGAAACAGGACUGCUCUUAUCGACAGCUCUGGCAAUUGCCCACCCAGAUCAAUACCACGAAACCAGACAGGCCCUGGGGUACCUGGCAACCCUCCCCGAUUUCACGAAUCAUCUGGAGACGUGGACGUUCGCCUUUAACGCCGUGACUCUCAUCUGUAACCGGCUGACGCCAUUGCAUCGAGACCGGUCUAGCGGAGGAACUGAGUUUCUUGAUUUAAUGCUCUCGAUAGGCGGCGGUCCGCGGACCAUUCUGUCUCUCCCUGGCCUUGGGGUACGUGUUCAGUAUGACUCUGGAGCUGCAGCGAUGUUUUCGGGUCAUCAGCACCUGCAUGAAGUCUGGGGAUUUGAGGAGGAGUGA